AUGGAAGUCGCCCUCCGCUUCGGAUACAAGUACAUUUGGGUCGACCAACUAUGCAUCGAUCAGAGCGGUACACACAAGCUGCAGCAGAUCCAGCAAAUGAACCGCAUAUAUCAAAAUGCAGACUUGACAAUUGUUGCUGCGGCGGGCGACAAUUCCGACUUCGGAAUCCCCGGAGUGCAAGACAGGAGUCGACUAGGCCGAGAGUGUUUCAGAAUCGGAGAUAUCCACUUGGUUGAUGCGGCGUCCCUUCUAAGAAGCCUCGACCGGACGACCUGGGGCUCUAGAGCAUGGACUUUCCAAGAGGCAAAGUUGUCGAACCGGCUCCUUGUGUUCACGGAACGUACUGCCUGGUUCUCAUGCUAUCUAACACCAGAAGAGGAGGGUUUCGAGGCUCAAAAUCCGAAGGUUGAGCCAGUCUGCAACCGGGAAGCUGAGUUGGCGCUCGCGAGAAAGAUGCCUCGGCCUCCCUGCGGUCUGAAGGACCCGCGUCAUCUCAGAGACUUGUUCUGUGAGUACGCGGGAAGAUCUCUGACCUAUCCUUCUGAUGCCGUCAAUGCAUUUUCUGGGAUUUUGACCGAGUUGAAGGAGGCCAAGUUGAUCGUCUCCCACGUGUGGGGCACUCCGAUCAUGCCAAUGACUGAUUCCGCCUCUGCCUAUGACCGUGGAGUUACGCAUCUUGAGAGAAAUGCCGUCGACGGAUUCAUACUUGGUCUGAUGUGGACUGCUUAUAUGCCAGUGGACUUGAAACCAAGACGCGGAAUACCAAGCUGGUCGUGGGCGGGCUGGCAAGGCGGAAUUGACUUUCCCUACCUUUAUGAGAAAGGAGACGUCAACUUCGGCAUUGAAGCUUUCAUCGAGCGUACAGAUGGUCAAGUUUUAACCUGGUCUGAGUUUGAAGGCCUGUCAUACCUCGAGAACCAGUCCCAUCUCAUCUCCCGUUUCAUCCGCCUCAAAGCUUGGACUAUAGAUGUCAGGCUUGAAUACCAUGAGCCCCCCUCAGGACCCAGGUGGCAUGAUGAUUCGACCAGUAAGAGGACAUACGCGGUAACACAGAUGCGAAACGGAGACGAGCUUCUAUCAGAAGCGGUCAUAUACGAUGAUCCCCAGGACGGUUCGAGCAAGGACCCGCUCGAUGAGCUCAAGUGCAGAGUAUACAUUGGAGUUUGCCUCGGUAAACACUCCAUGUCAACAUACUACACUAUGCUUCUGCGCAAGGUGAACGGGUAUUUUCAACGAAUUGGCCACGUUGACUUCUGGGACGCAGACUCGAUGAAGAGGGGUCCUUCUGGGGAAGUAACUUCUUUGGAGCCGGAAUCGUUGAACUUUAGUAGUUUGUGUAUGCGGGAAAUUCGUAUUGGAUAA